AGUUCAAUUCGAACUUAACCUAAUUUUGCAAACAAAAACACUGAUCAUGUGUUUCAGUUUCAAUCUUCCUAUUUUAAUUAUUUUAUCAUUAUAUAAAAAAAUUUUUUAAUAAAAUUUAUAAAUUUAAACUUGAUGACUUAUCAAAGACAGAAAAAAUGGAAGACAACUUGCUUAAUUGCAACGUUGGUAAUAAUACUAAAAUAGACUUUUCAGGAUGUAAUAUCUGUGGUGACCUUCACAAAACUCAUGAGUGUUAUUUUUUAACCAACUUUCAAUAUAUCCGCGAUUCCAAAACAACUACCCGAGCUCGCCAAACCCUACCAAAGGACUUGGAGAUCACCCGGAUGGCCGAUGGAACGACAAGUGUCAUUGCCAAGCGCAGUUACCAGCGAGGAAUGACCUUCGGCCCGUUCGAAGCAAAGCGAAACUGGGCAAUGAACCCCGCAAUCAACUUCGCAAUAAAAAUCUUCGAAGAGUCUAUCAACGACACUUAUUACCUAGACUACUCCGACGAAGACACCAGCAACUGGAUGUGCUUCAUCCCACCGGCAACCAACGCCAAGGAGCAGAAUUUAAUUUGCUACCAGUCUAACCAAGAAAUUUAUUACACUGUCAUGAGAGAAAUUCCCGUUGGAGAAGAGCUGAGAGUCUGGUACGCGCCCUACUACGCCCAGAAGAUGAAGAUCCCCUUGCACGUCAAUAACAGAGCUCUCCCACCUCUCCAGCCGAUAACAGCUGAUGAAAAAGAUUCCGUAGAGAUUUUAGACGUAGCCCUGGCUCAAGACUUAGCAGAUAGACUUCCUCCGACGAAGCUCGGCGCAAAAGACGAAAAGAAAAUUUGGACUUGCCGAAUUUGUUCGAUGACUAUUAACUCAGUGGUUGCUUACGCCAAGCACCAGAUGAAUCACUACAAGCCUCUAGUAGGAACUAUUUGUAUCAUUUGUAAUAAAAAAUUUCCAAAUUUUGCUACUCUAGAAAGACACAGAGUUGAUUGUCACAGCUUAGCAAGUAAUGAAGAAAAUAUUGUCGGAAUUCCAACAACUGCUAAUCAGCAGCAACAAAAUGCCGCCACUAUUUUGAACAUGAGCGAGCAAUUUAUGACUGAAAAAGAAAAUCAUGAUUUGUCUUUACUGGACAGUUCGAUUAACACCAAUGAUUUGCUUCAUCAUACUGGAAGUCUUAUAGAAAAUUCAUCCCUAAAAUCCAUUCUUGAAAAUCAAUGUUUAAAUAUGAACGUAAGUUCCAUGGCGGACUCUAUUUUAUCCGAGCACAUUUCAAGUGCGGAUUCUGUCAAGUUCAAUGUUGAAGAAUUGUCUUCAGAGCUGCUAGACAUCACUCCGGAUGACGAGGAAAAAAUUUCUGAAAAUUCAACCAAAAAUUUUGAUUGCGAUAUUUGUGGAAAAAAAUUCCUACGGGUACAUUAUCUGUACCGUCAUUUGCGCAAACAUACUGGAGAAUUUAUAUGCUCAACUUGUCUCUGUGUAUUUGCUAGGAAAGAAAAUUUAGUAUCACACGUUUGUGCAGCCACUAAGAGCCAGAGCAAAGGCUUUACUCGAUAUCAGUGCUCAUAUUGUCCAAAAAAUUUUGCAAGAGAAAAAUAUUUAAAAAAUCACAUUACUCGGCACUCUGAGCUUCAUCGAUGCAGAAGAUGUCGGCAAAAAUUUUCGACCAGGUCCGAGUUGGACUCUCACAAGUGUGGGUCACCCAAGCAAGCUUGUGGCCAGUGUGGGAAGAAAUUUUUCAACGCGGUUUAUCUGAAGCGUCAUAUCAAGAGGCACAAUGAGACUCCGAAAGCUCAGAAGAAAAAAAAGGCUGGGGAAGAAAUAUUGGUGAUCUGUGAAAUAUGUGGAGAUAUUUUUAAAAAUCUUUGGAGUCUUCAACAGCAUCAAAAGUCUCAUGGCGAGAAAGCUUACGAGUGUGAAAUUUGCAAUCGACGUUUUCACAGAAUUGGUGUUUUGAAGCAACACAAAUUUACGCAUCAGAGCGCAGAGCUGCCUUGUAAUGUCUGUGGUAAGAAAUUCAAGAGCAAGAGGGCUCUUGAUGUUCAUGUUCUGCUUCAUGGGAACAAAAAAUACCAGUGCGAUAAGUGUGACAAGAGCUUUUUCCAAAAGUACAAUUAUUUGAAGCACUACAAACAAAUUCAUGCUGAAAAAGUCUUGCAUAGUUGUCCUCACUGUUCUCUAACGUUCAUGAGUGAAAGCGCUUUUAAUAAACACGUCGCUGGUCAUGAUAAAAAUCUAGAAGGAUUUCCUUGUGAUGUUUGCAAAAAGUUUUUUCACACUCAAGCUAAGGUUGCCAGGCAUAUGCAAACUUGCCACAGUGGAAUUAUUUACAGGUGUCCGUUUUGCAAGUCCACUGUCAGACAUAGGCAUAGUUUGAGAAGACAUUUUGAGAAACAGCACAAGGAUCUUACUGAUGAAUGGAGUAAGCCGGGGUUUUACAAACAACUUGAAGAAAAAUCAACUGUUGGAAAUAGUGGGAAGAGUCCUGAUGAAGCAGGUACUUCUGAUCAAAUUUUGGUAAAACAGCAAGUUGCUGAAGAUGUUACGGAGCAUGUAGAAGCUACUGAUGAAGUUGCUAAAUCAAUUGCAGAACCUGUAGCUGCAGAAUUUUCGGAGAAUUUAAAUACAGUUCAAGAAAUUCAAGGGACUGAGAAUAUUCAAGAUUUGAUGCAAAAUGUUAAAAGUGAUGACCUGGAAGUGAACAGUCAAUUACUUAAUGAUGUUCCCCAACUUAGAAUUGAUUCAGAUUCCCAAUUAGCUGAAACGGUCUUGAAUAAUACUUACAUUUUUGGCGAAGAUGGCGAUUUUGUCUUUUAUGUUCUAGAUAAUAAUACUAUUCUAGGAUCGUGAAGGAAUAUUUCAAAGAUUCAGAAGACUGAAGUAUAUAUUAGAUGUAGUUGUUAAGUAUUUGAGGGCUUAUAAAAAAAAUCUGUUGGAAAAAAAUUAUUUUAUUUUUAUGAGCUUGAUAUAUUUGAUGACAGAUUUCUUUUAUGGGUCCUUUAAUAACUUUAAGAGUCUAUCAGUGCUAUACGUAUUAAUAAAGUAUUAAAACUUCAGUCAAAAUGAAUAAAAAUAGCAGAUCAAGAAUUAAAAAAAAAUUCUAUAGAUAUUUGUUGAGAUUUAUAAAAAUUUUUAAAUACAUCUGCUAUUUUUAUUAUCAUAAAUAUUAUUGUAAGUUAAAGUUACCAAUGAAAACUUUGAGACUGAUGUAACUGUGAUGCAAAAUAUUUGCAAUCUUAAGCAAUAUUAUUUAAAAAAAAUACUAUUAUUCUCAAGUUACAUUUCUCACUUGUCACUAUUUUAUCUAGAUUUAUUAUUAAUGAUUUUUCAGUUACCAUUUUUUGCAUACA